AUGGACAAAAUAGAUAACCAAGAAGAACUUGUUGCUAUAACCGUGGUGUAUGGUGCUAAUGAGAUAGCAGACAGGAGGGAAUUAUGGGGAUCUCUAGAAAACUUGACUUUGCAAUGUGUUGAUAUACCGUGGCUGGUAGGAGGUGACUUCAACACAGUCAGAGACAUGAGUGAGGGGGAAUGGUAUACUUGGCACAACAGGAGUAUCGGAGACCGCAACCUGUGGAAAAGGCUAGAUCGGAUGCUUACUAAUGAUACCUGGACAGCUCGAUUCCCGACGGCUUACUACUCUUGCCUCACUCCUCGUACGUCGGACCACUCCCCUAUGGUGAUACACGAGGAUAGGCAGCAACAAUUCGGGCAUGCAAUUUUUGGUAACGUUAUGUUCGAUGUUACUCGGAAACUUAAAGCGCUCAAGCCUAUUUUUCCGGAACAAUGGAGGAAAAAAGGGGAUUUAUCACAUAAUGUUGAAUUGGCUAAGGGGUUCCUAGAGAAGGCACAAAUGGGGUUAGUGCCAACAGACAGGAUGGGCUCUUCCUCUUGGUGGAACUUUGGAGGAGAAAGGCGACAACAGGUGAUGGAUCUCCAGUAUCUUAGACCGUGGGCAAGGCAUAUUUUGACGGAGGAGGAGGUUGCUUUUAUUAUUGCCCCUUUCUCGGAAGAGGAUGUAAAAAAUGCCACAUUUGAUAUUGCCAAGGACAAAGCAUCGGGACCGGAUGGGUAUUCUUCAGGCUUUUAUAAAGCCACUUGGCUUGUGAUUGGCAAGGAAGUUAUGAAAGUAGUUCUGGAUUUCUUUGCUACGGGGAGAAUUCUUAAACAAAUUAAUAGCACAAUACUGAUGCUUAUCCCCAAGGUACACUCUCCCAUGUCUGUAGCUGACUAUCGACAAAUUUUUUCCUGCAAUGUACUUUAUAAGAUUAUUGCAAAACUCAUUGUCCAAAUGUUGAGUGCGGUUUUGGACAAGAUUAUUAACCCAUGCCAGGCUGCAUUUGUCCCUGGACGGAGCAUAGGGGACAAUAUUCUAUUAGCACAGGAGCUAUUCAGUGAAUACAAACAAGCCCGACGUCCACCUAGGUGUUCAUUAAAGGUUGAUAUUCGGGCGUACGACACUGUGGAGUGGGACUUCCUAUUAUCUGUUCUACAGUUAUUUGGAUUUCUGGAUAUGUUCAAUGGAUGGAUUGAGGAGUGUGUCACAACACCUUCUUUCUCGGUGGGGAUGAAUGGCAAGCCACAUGGAUUCUUCCCCGGGGCACGAGGAAUGAGACAAGGUGAUCCCCUCUCCCCAUAUCUCUUUGUACUAGUAAUGGAGGUGCUGCAUAUGGGGUUCCUGCAACUUAUAGAGCAGGAUAUGAAAUUCACAUUCCAUUGGAAAUGUGAAGCAUCCAGAGUCUUCCAGCUAGGACUCAAUGUAGAGAAGAGCCACCUCAUUAUAUCAAAAUCCGCCCAGAAUGUGAAAGAUCAGUUAUUGGCAGUGCUGGGAUUCCAAGAGGGUCAUCUACCAAUGAGGGUUAUGAGAGAUAUUGAAAAGCGGCUGCGAAAUUUCUUAUGGAAAGGUACCGAAAAUAAUGGAUACCCGAAGGUAGCAUGGAAGGAGAUCUGUAAGCCAAAGGAGGAGGGGAAUCUCGGAAUUCAAGAAAUUGGUAUUCUCAAUCGAGCACUUAUGUGCAAAAAAUUAUGCCAAAUCAUUCGAUGUGACCGGACUUCUAUUUGGGUGGAAUGGCUAUUCCAUGGACGAUUACGAGACACAUCCAUUUGGACUGUCCCGGAACACCGGGGGCCAUGGGGGUGGAAAAAGUUAUUGCAGUUGCGGACUUGGAUAAGAUCAGUGGUGGAUUACCAAGUUGGAGAUGGGACGAGUUUCUACCUAUGGAAGGACCCGUGGCACCAGCUAGGCCCUCUUAUCCAUAGAUUCCCGUGA